UGUAAAAAUCAGCAUCCAUACAAUUGUGCCUAACAUAACAUCAGAGUAGAAAUGACCUUCACAUUCACCAUUUCUCUUAUCUAUAUAUAGAAGCACUGUUUCUUCCGUUCCUCUUUCUUUUUCAAGCUAAAAUGGCCAAAGAUCAAGAAGUCAAACUCGCUCAAAUGAAGAAAAUAGUUCAGGAGCUCGGAUCCUCCACAGAGAAUUACGGAGAUCCAACACUAGAGAGGUUCUUAAUAGCAAGAUCAAUGGAUCCUAAUAAAGCAGCAAAGAUGUUUGUUUCAUGGCAAAAAUGGAGGACUUCUUUUGUCCCACUAGGGUUUAUCCCUGAUUCUGAAGUUCUUCAACAAUUGGAAUCAAGAAAAAUAUUUCUUCAAGGGCUUUCCAAAGAUGGACAUCCUAUUAUGAUACUUCACGCUAGCAAGCAUUAUCCUGCUAAAGAUAAACACGAAUUCAAGAAAUUCGUCGUACAUCUACUUGACAAAGGAAUUGCAAGUGGAAUAAGAGGCCAAGAAACUGGAAACGAGAAGAUAGUUGCAAUCAUUGAUAUGCAGCAACUAACUUUCAAGAACGUUGACGCACAUGGGUUAAUAUCUGGAUUUCAGUUUUUACAGGCAUACUACCCAGAACGAUUGGCAAGGUUAUAUAUAUUAAAUAUGCCACGGUUUUUCGUGAGCGUUUGGAAGAUGAUUUCACAUUUCCUUGAGAAAGCAACAUUGGACAAGAUUAUGAUUGUGAGAAAUGAAGAUGAAAGAAAACGAUUUGUAAUAGAAGUUGGCAAAGAGGCGUUACCGGAAGAACUUGGUGGUGAGGCCAAGCUUGUAGCACUUCAAGAUGUUGAAGCACCUCGACUAGAGUGUUGAUGAGUGUUUUUAAUAUUAGUUUGUCGAUCCGUAUCAAGUUAAUUAUAUUGUUGGCGAUUUCAUAUUUAAAAUAAGUUUGUCGCAAACAUUUCAUAUUAAUAAUUUUAUCAUA